AUGGCAAAAGGCAGUUGCAUGUGUGGUCAAGUCCACUACGAAUACACCGGCGAACCGGCAGUAACAGCCCUCUGCCACUGCACAGACUGCCAAAAAUGGACUGGCGCAGCCUACACCUCCAACGUCGUUGUCCCUCGCAAAAGUUUCAACGUCACAAAGGGCAAGCCCAAAGACUACGAUGCCGUGGGUGCCUCUGGCAAGAUCAACAAGCAUUGGUUCUGCUCUAACUGUGGCUCUUCUCUGUACACUGAGUUGGAGAUCAUGCCUGACAUGACUUGUGUCAAGAGUGGAAGUUUGGAUGGUGGAGCUGCAAACCAUGAUAUCAAGGUUGAGUUCUACAAUAAGGAUAGAUUGGGAUAUACUAAGCCUGUUGAGGGGGCUGAUCAGAAGGCAGAGUUCUCUUAG